AUAUCUCCUCACCCAUACCCGCCCAACAGCAAAGACGCUUCUAAUUUCCAAUAACCACCCGAUCAGCCCACAGCCACCGCAAACCACCACCGGGAGUACUAUUCCGGCGACAUGGCCUCCUCCAUCUCCACAACGAUUCAAACCCUCAACCGCCCCAAGAGCUGGCCCGCCACUUCCAACCACCUCCUCAGGCUCAACGUUUCCGUCAAGAUGACAUCAUCAUCACCAUCAUCGGCACAGCUCCCAUUGCCUCUGCAAUCCCACUUUCUUGGAAUGGUCCGCUUCUUCUUCACCAAAAAGAGAUCGAAUAGGAUCGCGGUGGCGGAAGUCGAGGCGGCUGCUUUUCCGGCGGCGGAGGAGGAGGAGGACGGCGGCGGUGAUGAUAGUUGCAGGCUUUAUGUUGGGAAUUUGCCGUACAAUUGUGACAGUGCACAGCUUGCUGGGCUUGUUCAUGAAUAUGCGACCCCGGAGCUUGUCGAGGUUCUAUAUGAUAGAGAAACGGGGAAAAGCCGAGGAUUUGCCUUCGUGAGGAUGAGUUCUAUCGAAGAUUGCAAUGCGGUGAUCAAGAAUCUGGAUAGAGUGGAAUUAGAUGGUAGAAUAUUGAGGGUGAAUUUCUCAAACCAGCCUCAAUCAAGGGAACCUCUACACGCAGAAACCGAACACAAGAUCUUCGUUGGCAACUUGGAAUGGUCGGUCACGUCCGAUGUUCUGAGACAAGCAUUUGAGAAAUGUGGGAAUGUCGUCGGGGCCCGGGUUCUCUACAAUGGCGAGACCGGUAGGUCCCGCGGGUACGGCUUCGUCAGCUACGAAACGCGCGGGGAGAUGGAACUAGCACUUGAAUCUCUCAAUGGAAUGGAACUGGAGGGGAGGGGUGUACGCCUCAGCAUAGCAGAAGGGAGGAAGAAUCAGUACUAGUGGGAGGAUAAUAUAAUUAAUAUAUAGAUAGCAUUUCCAUUUUUUGUAAAAUUUCUGGGCCAAAAAAAAAAUUGUGCACAAUUCUAGUGGAAAUAUUAUAUUACUCUUUUACUUGUACUAAUAAAAGAUUAACAAUACAUUUCCAUAUCUUGCAUGAUUAAUUGUUGUUUAAUUUGGUGGGAUUUAGGUUUUGUACUUAUAAAUAUUUCCAUAGAUG